UCUUGUGACACUUCACACUCGUUUUGUUCUUUUGAGAAGGACUUUUCCCAUUAUUGUACAUUGUGGUUAGACAUUUGAGCUGGAGCUGGAAAUCAGUGGUUGACUGUAUGGUUAGAAUGUUAUUUAGGGUCAACAGCAGGACAUAUGUCUUUUUAGUUCUAGCGAGGCGACAGGUACUAGCGCAAUGUAAAUUUUGACACAACUUCCGGCUGUCACUUCUUUUGAGGAAGACAGAGAGUGCUUGUCCAGAGCUUCUUUUUGUCAGCUUGUGGUCAGAAGAAUUUGUCAGUUCUUCUGAGCAAAGAUACAGUGAGAAGGAUUGAUCUCUCUGAGGAAAAGCCACCACUUGCGGCAACAACAUGUUUGCAGUACACUUGGGAAUUUACUGCAUUUUUCUGCUGUGCUGCAGUAACAAGAGUCAAGCCAAUGAUCUUGUGGUCAACAACAGAACUAGCGUGGCACUGGCAAAUGAAACACUCCACUUCCACAUCAGGGUCACUGUUCCUGCCAACAGCAGCGGAACCAAAGUUUUUUGCUCCAGAAAUGGGCAUGAAGUUUGGAAGGAAUACCUUCACAGUGCACAAUCUGGCAUUAAAGUUGAGUUGUGGGCUAACAUCACCAUAAAUAACAGCUCAAGCUCUGGAGAAUACAUCUUCCAGUACCUAGAAAAGAAAGUCUACUGCGUGGCCCUUGUACGAGACGUGGGUUAUAUCGAGCCAAAUGAGUCUUUAGAGGCUGAUGUCAUUGCUUUGCUGGUUGUCACAACUAUUUUACUCAUCUUCAGCAUCGUUGGAUCAAUUUACAUCUUCAAAUGGCAGAAGGAUCAUCCCAAGUCAGAGAAGGGUGGAGACGGAGUGAAAGUCAAAAACAGACAGAGCAACGUAGGCGUGACGGCUCAGGGUCUAAACUCUGAAUCAGUUUACACGGCCCUUGAACCCAGGCCGGUCUCUAUUUAUGACGUGCUGAAUGUUGACCAAGUCAGAAGGGAAAGUACAAAGCGCACAUCAGAGGAAACGGCCAAGACGUCUCAGGUGGAGGAAGGAAUUUUUGAAUCUGUCUAUGAAAACCUGUGAUUAAAUACUAAUGCUUUGUAAAUACAGUUGGCAUGUCUGAGAGAGCUGUCUUUAAUCAUAUACGCUUUAUAUGUACUUUUACAAGAAUUGUGUGUUUUUCUCACUAAAAAAUAGAAAACAAAUAUUUUCCA